UGUUUAUUCUUUUCUUUUUUAUUCCGGUUCCUGUAGAGGCUCGUAGGAUCCAAGAGUUCUCUGAGUCAUUUUUGGGUGACGGAUGUUUUAUUUUCGGUCCAUGGGACCAGGCUGGAAUUUGCUACUGUACGCAGCUGUUGCGGGCCCUGGCGCCGCUAUCAUGUCAGACACGGACAGCGAUGAGGAUUCUGCUGGAGGCAGUCCAUUUUCUCUAACCGGUUUCCUUUUCGGCAGCAUCAAUGGAGCCGGGCAGCUGGAAGGGGAAAGCGUCUUCGAUGAUGAGUGUAAGAAGCACUUGGCAGGCUUGGGGGCUUUGGGUCUGGGCAGCCUGAUCACUGAACUCACGGCAAAUGAAGAACUGACUGGGACUGACGGUGCUCUGGUAAAUGAUGAAGGAUGGAUUCGGAGUACAGAAGAUGCUGUAGACUAUUCAGACAUCAGUGAGGUAGCAGAAGAUGAAAGCCGAAGAUACCAGCAAACAGUGGGGAGCUUGCAACCCCUUUGCUGCUCAGAUUAUGAUGAUGAUGAUUAUGAUGCUGAUUGUGAAGACAUUGACUGCAAGUUGAUGCCACCCCCACCUCCAUCCCCAGUACCAGUGAAGAAGGAUAAGGACCAGGAUGUCAUUGCUGGUGUGUCUGAGGAUGGAGAAGGCAUCAUCUUGCCCUCUGUCAUUGCCCCUUCCUCUUUGGCCUCAGAGCAAGUGGACUUCAGUAGUUCCUUUGACUCAGAAUCUGAGAUGGGACCUCAGGAAGCAGCACAGGCAGAAUCCAAGGAUGGAAAGCUGACCCUACCAUUAGCCGGGAUUAUGCAGCAUGAUGCCACCAAGCUUUUGCCGAGCGUCACAGAACUUUUCCCAGAAUUUCGGCCCGGCAAGGUGUUACGUUUCCUACGUCUGUUUGGACCAGGGAAGAAUGUCCCAUCUGUUUGGCGGAGUGCUUGGAGAAAGAGGAAAAAGAAGCACCGUGAGCUGAUAAAGGAAGAGCAAAUCCAGGAGGUGGAGUGCUCAGUAGAAUCAAAAGUCAGCCAGAAGUCUUUGUGGAACUAUGACUAUGCUCCGCCACCACCUCCAGAGCAGUGUCUCUCUGAUGAUGAAAUUACAAUGAUGGCUCCAGUGGAGUCCAAGUUUUCCCAGUCAGCUGGAGAUACAGAUAAAGUGACAGAUAACAAACCAAGAGUGGCUGAGUGGCGUUAUGGACCUGCACGACUGUGGUACGAUAUGCUGGGUGUCCCUGAAGAUGGCACUGGAUUUGAUUAUGGCUUCAAAUUGAGAAAGACAGAACAUGAACCUGUGAUGAAAUGUAAAGUGAUGGAGGACUUUAGAAAGCUUAAGGAAAGCAAUGGCACUGAUCUUUUGGCUGAUGAAAACUUCCUGAUGGUGACACAGCUACAUUGGGAGGAUGAUAUCAUCUGGGAUGGGGAGGAUGUCAAACACAAAGGGACAAAACCUCAGCGUGCAAGCCUGGCAGGCUGGCUUCCUUCCAGCAUGACUAGGAAUGCCAUGGCUUACAAUGUUCAACAAGGUUUUGCAGCUGCCCUGGAUGAUGACAAACCUUGGUACUCCAUUUUUGCCAUUGACAAUGAGGAGCUGGUGUAUGGACACUGGGAGGAUAAUAUCAUUUGGGAUGCUCAGUCCAUGCCCCGGCUGUUGGAGCCUCCUGUUUUGACACUUGAUCCCAAUGAUGAGAAUCUCAUUUUGGAAAUUUCUGAUGAGAAGGAAGAGGCUACCUCUAACUCCCCCUCCAAGGAGAGUAAGGAGGAGUCAUCUCUGAAGAAGAGUCAAAUUCUCUUAGGGAAAACAGGAGUCAUCAAGGAGGAACCACAGCAGAACAUGUCUCAGCCAGAGGUGAAAGAUCCAUGGAAUCUCUCCAAUGAUGAGUUUUACUACCCCAAACAACAGGGUCUUCGGGGCACCUUUGGAGGGAAUAUUAUCCAGCACUCAAUUCCUGCUGUGGAAUUGCGGCAGCCUUUCUUUCCCACGCACAUGGGACCCAUCAAACUUCGGCAGUUCCAUCGCCCACCUCUGAAAAAGUACUCUUUUGGGGCACUAUCUCAGCCAGGUCCCCACUCAGUCCAGCCCUUGCUAAAGCAUAUCAAAAAGAAGGCCAAGAUGAGAGAGCAAGCUUCAGGUGGUGGAGAGAUGUUUUUUAUGCGCACACCUCAGGACCUCACAGGCAAAGAUGGAGAUCUCAUUCUUGCGGAAUACAGUGAGGAAAAUGGACCCUUAAUGAUGCAGGUUGGCAUGGCAACCAAGAUUAAAAACUACUAUAAACGGAAACCUGGAAAGGAUCCUGGAGCCCCAGAUUGUAAAUAUGGAGAAACUGUUUACUGCCAUACGUCUCCCUUCCUGGGCUCUCUGCAUCCUGGACAAUUACUGCAGGCUUUUGAAAACAACCUUUUUCGUGCCCCAAUUUAUCUUCAUAAGAUGCCAGAAACUGAUUUUCUGAUCAUUCGGACAAGACAAGGUUACUAUAUUCGGGAAUUGGUGGAUAUUUUUGUGGUUGGCCAGCAGUGCCCCUUGUUUGAAGUUCCAGAGCCCAACUCCAAAAGAGCCAAUACGCAUAUUCGAGACUUUCUGCAGGUUUUCAUUUACCGCCUCUUCUGGAAGAGUACAGAUCAGCCACGGCGGAUCCAAAUGGAAGAUAUAAAAAAAGCCUUUCCUUCCCAUUCAGAAAGCAGCAUCAGGAAGAGGUUAAAGUUCUGCGCUGACUUCAAACGCACAGGGAUGGACUCAAACUCGUGGGUGCUGAAGUCUGAUUUUCGUUUACCUACUGAAGAGGAGAUUAGAGCUAUGGUGUCUCCAGAGCAAUGCUGUGCUUACUAUAGCAUGAUAGCUGCAGAGCAGCGACUGAAGGAUGCUGGCUAUGGUGAGAAGUCCUUUUUUGCCCCAGAAGAAGAAAAUGAGGAAGAUUUCCAGAUGAAGAUUGAUGAUGAGGUUCGCACUGCUCCUUGGAAUACCACGAGGGCCUUCAUUGCUGCCAUGAAGGGCAAGUGUCUCCUGGAGGUGACUGGGGUGGCAGAUCCCACAGGGUGUGGUGAAGGAUUCUCCUAUGUGAAGAUUCCAAACAAAGCAACACAACAGAAGGAUGAUAAGGAGCCUCAGCCAGUGAAGAAAACAGUGACAGGAACAGAUGCAGACCUCCGUCGCCUUUCUCUGAAAAAUGCCAAGCAACUUCUGCGUAAAUUUGGUGUGCCUGAGGAAGAGAUUAAGAAGUUGUCCCGCUGGGAAGUGAUUGAUGUGGUACGCACAAUGUCAACAGAACAAGCUCGCUCUGGAGAGGGUCCCAUGAGUAAAUUUGCCCGUGGAUCAAGGUUUUCUGUGGCUGAGCAUCAAGAGCAUUACAAAGAGGAAUGUCAGCGCAUCUUUGACCUACAGAACAAGGUUUUAUCAUCAACUGAAGUGUUGUCAACUGACACAGAUAGCAGUUCAGCUGAAGACAGUGACUUUGAAGAAAUGGGAAAGAACAUCGAGAACAUGUUGCAGAACAAGAAAACCAGCUCUCAGUUGUCAUGUGAACAGGAGGAGCAGGAGCGAAAGGAACUACAGUGGAUGCUACUAGCAGCAGGCUCAGCAGCAUCAGGAAAUAAUCACGGAGAUGAUGACACAGCUUCUGUGACUAGCCUUAAUUCUUCUGCCACUGGCCGCUGUCUCAAAAUUUACCGCACGUUUCGUGAUGAGGAGGGGAAAGAGUAUGUUCGCUGUGAGACAGUCCGAAAGCCAGCUGUCAUUGAUGCUUAUGUGUGCAUACGGACCACAAAAGAUGAGGAAUUUAUUCGAAAAUUUGCCCUUUUUGAUGAACAGCAUCGAGAAGAGAUGCGAAAAGAACGGCGAAGAAUCCAAGAGCAACUGAGGAGGCUUAAGCGGAACCAGGAAAAGGAGAAGCUUAAGGGUCCUCCUGAGAAGAAGCCUAAAAAAAUGAAAGAGCGUCCUGACCUAAAACUGAAAUGUGGGGCCUGUGGGGCCAUUGGACACAUGAGGACAAACAAAUUCUGUCCCCUCUAUUAUCAAACAAAUGCUCCACCCUCCAACCCUGUUGCCAUGACAGAGGAGCAGGAGGAGGAGUUGGAAAAGACAGUCAUUCAUAAUGAUAAUGAAGAACUCAUCAAGGUCGAAGGGACCAAGAUUGUCCUGGGGAAACAGCUAAUUGAGAGUGCAGAUGAGGUUCGCAGAAAAUCACUGGUUCUCAAGUUCCCUAAACAGCAGCUGCCUCCCAAGAAGAAACGGCGAGUUGGAACUACUGUUCACUGUGACUACUUGAAUAGACCUCAUAAGUCCAUCCACCGGCGCCGGACAGACCCCAUGGUGACACUGUCAUCCAUUUUGGAGUCUAUCAUCAAUGACAUGCGAGAUCUUCCAAAUACAUACCCUUUUCACACUCCAGUCAAUGCAAAGGUUGUAAAGGACUACUACAAAAUCAUCACGCGACCAAUGGACCUACAAACACUUCGUGAAAAUGUGCGUAAACGUCUCUACCCAUCUCGGGAAGAGUUCAGAGAACAUUUGGAGCUAAUUGUGAAAAAUAGUGCAACUUACAAUGGGCCGAAGCACUCAUUGACCCAGAUCUCUCAAUCCAUGCUGGAUCUCUGUGAUGAAAAACUCAAAGAGAAAGAAUACAAAUUGGCUCGUUUAGAGAAAGCCAUCAACCCAUUGCUGGAUGAUGAUGACCAAGUGGCAUUUUCUUUCAUUCUGGACAACAUUGUCACCCAAAAAAUGAUGGCAGUUCCAGAUUCUUGGCCAUUUCAUCAUUCGGUUAAUAAGAAAUUUGUUCCAGAUUAUUACAAAGUGAUUGUCAGUCCAAUGGAUUUAGAGACUAUAUGUAAGAAUAUCUCCAAGCACAAGUAUCAGAGUCGGGAGAGCUUUCUAGAUGAUGUAAACCUUCUUCUGGCCAACAGUGUAAAGUACAAUGGGCCUGAAAGUCAGUAUACUAAGAUUGCUCAGGAGAUUGUAAAUGUCUGUUACCAGACACUGACUGAGUAUGAUGAACAUUUGACUCAACUUGAGAAGGAUAUUUGCACAGCUAAAGAAGCAGCUUUGGAAGAAGCAGAAUUAGAAAGCCUGGACCCAAUGACCCCAGGGCCUUACACACCUCAGCCUCCUGAUUUAUAUGAUGUGAACACAUCCCUCAGUAUAUCGCGAGAUGCCUCUGUAUUUCAAGAUGAGAGCAGUAUGUCUGUCCUGGAUAUUCCCACUACCACUCCAGAAAAGCAGGCAACACAGGAAGGUGAAGAUGGAGAUGGUGAUCUUGCAGAUGAAGAGGAAGGAGCUGUGCAACAGCCUCAAGCCAGUGUCCUGUAUGAGGAUUUGCUUAUGUCUGAAGGAGAGGAUGAUGAGGAGGAUGCUGGGAGUGAUGAAGAAGGAGAUAAUCCCUUCUCUGCUAUCCAGCUGAGCGAAAGUGGAAGUGACUCUGAUGUGGGAUCUGAUGGGAUAAGACCCAAACUGCCGUGCAUGCUUCAGGAGAACACAAAGAUGGGCAUGGAAAACGAAGAGAGCAUGAUGUCCUAUGAGGGAGACGGUGGGGAGGCUUCCCAUGGUUUGGAGGAUAGCAACAUCAGUUGCGGGAGCUAUGAGGAGCCUGAUCCCAAGUCGAACACCCAAGACACAAGCUUCAGCAGCAUCGGUGGGUAUGAGGUAUCAGAGGAGGAGGAAGAGGAGGAGGAAGAGCAGCGCUCUGGGCCAAGCGUACUAAGCCAGGUCCACCUGUCAGAGGACGAGGAGGACAGUGAGGAUUUCCACUCCAUUGCUGGGGACAGUGACUUGGACUCUGAUGAAUGAGGCCUCUUUUGGGCCUCCUGGGUCAGCCUUCCCUGUUCUCCAGCCUAGGGGGUCCACCUUUCCCCAAUUUGUUGAUAAUUAUACAGUGUCUGAUCUAGAAAUCACCAGAUUAACUAACAACCUUAGCCUUUAAAAAACUUAGUGAGUAAUUGCUAAUAAAUUGCCUCUCCUGAUCUUCUUGGGGCAAUGCCACCAUUCCAUUUAACACACAGCAUCCACCUUCCCCACACCAAUACCAAAGAGAGAGAGAGAGAGAGCCCAAGUUCCUUCUCCAUUGCCCCUCUUUUCACUCUAUUUAUUGCUCAUGGAAUAAUUUUUCCCUGGGAAAGGAGGAGCUAUCAUGAAAGGACUAAUAAUUUUUAUGUCCUCUUGAUGUGUUAGAAGUUUUCCAAGCAUGGUAUCAUCUUAGUUUUCUAAUUUGCAGGUGGAACAGGUAGCAGCUUCCCUGCUGGGAUGGAGAAUUGGGCUCUGGUAGGACUCUGUGCCACACUUUAAAAACAAAUCUAUCAGACCAACAGCUAUUUUUCUUAUUUAUUUGAUUAUACAGUGCCUUAUUCCUAAAUGGAUUUGAGGCAAAUGACUAAAUCUUUGAAACAGCCUAUAUGUCAGUAAUUAUAUGUUGCUAUGUAAAUGUCUUCUGUCCCCCCACCUCACCCCGGGGAAAUAGUAGGAAAUGGUAAAUUUCUUAGGGUCAGGACUGUGUCUUCUGUUUCUUUUCAUGCUUGGGAUAUGGUUCUGUGCAACGUAGGUACUCAGUGAGUGUUUCUAGAAUCAUAAAAUCCUCAGCAGAUUUGUUAGGAGCAUCUGCUCCAUACAAACACUCUAUCAGAUCCUUGGGAUGCGAAAGUAAAUAAGACACAUCCCUUUUACCCAAAGAGCUUAUCAUCAGGUUGGGGGAGGGGAAGUAGAAUUCUAAAUAUGUUAAUAAAUCAUUAUGGAACUGUGAGAUAAGUGUGAUUAAGAAGCUGGAUAUAAAGUAUAGGGGGAAAUAAAAGGGUAAUCAUGUCUGAAAAGUCAAGGAAGUUUUCCAGAGGUAAUUUUUAAGCUAGUUGUGGAAGAAUUAGUAGACGUUUGCCAGAUGGAAAAGUCCAGGCAGAGUGUAAUAUGAAGUGAAAAGAUCAAAGUCUAGAAAUGGCAGAGUGUGUUCCUAGUUUGUUUGUUUGUUUGUACCUGCCUCGUUCCAGUCCUUCAGUGUUGGAGUGGCUAGAGAGGAGAUUGAAAGAUGGGUAGGAAGCAUAUUAUCAAGAGCUUUGCAUUUGAUGCUAAUAAGUGAAUUUUAUAUUAUGGAAAAUGAGUUAUAAGAAGAAUAAUGUGUUUUAGAAAUUUUCUGUAUUUUGAAUGAAGAAAGAAAUUGAAGAAGCAUAUGUACAGUGUGAUCCCAUUUUUGUAAAAGAUAAAACCAUUUGUGUUUAUAUAUACUUGUAUAUGCAAAGGAAAAGGUCUGAAAAUGAUAACCUCUGGGGAAUGGGAUUUGAGGUGGGGGGUUAUAUGAUUGUAUGUAUAGUAGGUGUGGGGUAUUUGUACUUUUAUUUCUGUAUUGCUUGAAUUUUUUUUACAAGUAUGUAUUAUUUUUGUAAUAAAAAAAAAUAAAACAUUAA